UAAAAAUUAAAUUUAAAAUAAGCGUAUAUACAUAUAAUAAAAUCAUGAAGACGUAAAAGCGCCACCUGUGACAUAAAUGCAUGGCAGUACUUAAUUACGUGUUUAUGUGCAAAUUUAUUAUUUAGCUCGGAUACAUCGAAUAAAUAUCAUAUUGAAUUCUUGAUAGUAUUUUUCGUACCAAAUGACGUAAUUUUUGUCUUUCACAAAUAUUAGUGAUCACUCCUCGAUAUAAGAAAACAAACGAUAACCUAAAUGUUACAAGAAAGGCUGAUAGUUGUUUUAUAAUUGUUGCACUCAGAAAGCUUCAUCAUCUAAGGAUGAAUCGCGUUGAUUUGAAAGUGGUUUUACUGGGUAACGCAGCUGUAGGAAAAACAAGUCUCGUAGAACGUUUCGUAAAUGAAAGGUUUAAUGAAAGUCUGUCUUAUCAAAACACUAUAGGCGCUGCGUUUGCAGCUAAGCAAAUGCAAGUCAAUGGGAAAAGGCUUAUCAUGGGGAUAUGGGACACAGCAGGCAGUGAAAAAUAUGAUGCCAUGAGUAGGAUAUAUUAUCGUGGUGCAAAGGCUGCUAUUAUCUGUUAUGAUAUUAUAAAAUCGAAUACAUUUCAAAGAGCAAAAUUCUGGAUAACAGAACUUAGAACAGUUGAAGAAGGAUGUAAAAUAUACAUUUGUGCAACAAAAAACGAUAUUUUAGAGCACGGUGCAGUUCCAUCUCCUGAUAUAAAUGUUGUAGAAACAUAUGCUGCUGGCAUUCAAGCUAAAUUUUUUAUAACAUCAAGUAAAACUGGAGAAAAUGUUGCUGAGUUGUUUAAUGAAAUUGCACAAGAUUUUAUGUCUGAUCCAAAUAAUGUACAAAAAGUCGAAGAGGUAACUGAGUUAAGUAAUGAGUCCAAAGGAACAUAUUGUUGUCAAUAAAUAUAACAAUGUCAGUAUUAAAAAUUAUCAUAUUUUUCUUGUCUGUUAUAUUUUAUAUUAUUUUGUACAAGUUAAUAUCACAAAUGUAAAUUGAUAUGUAGCAUGCUAUAACUUGACAUAUUAUCUGUAAAUGCAAAGAAAAUUUUCAUGUUUAAAGAUUAUUUUUAAAUAUAUUUCAUAUUUUAUA